AUGGGCUGUACUUAGAGAAAACUCAAAAUAUAUUAAAUGAACAUUUCUGUAUAUUCUAUUAGAUAACUUAAUUAGGAAAUAGAUUUGAUAGAACCAAAGAGAGAUACAUUUCUUACUCAUAGUUUUACUCAAUUAAAACUCAUCAUUGAUUCAAGAUAUAAAGUAGAUAAGGACACAAAGGAAAAUCCGUUCCAGGCUAAAGAUGAUAAGCAAACUGCAUAGGGUGCAUCUCCUGAUAAGUAACCUUUCAAAUGGGCAAUACUCGCCAAGAAUUAGAUUUGCAAUCAGUAUUUUAUGUAGUGGCAUAUCUUUGAAAGAGAUUCCUAGAAAACUGCUGACAUUUUUACCCAGCAUUUCAAGAUCACCAUUUAACUCAUUAAGUAGUAUCCCUUGCUUUAAGAUUUUUUUAAGGAUGUACUCUAUGCAGCCUUAACCUAUGUUGUAAUGAAUAAACUACCAUUAUACAAAGAAAAGAAUGAGGAAUUAGAGCUAUAUGAUUUAUUGAAGGGGCAAAUAGUAUUUACCCAUUUAGCCAACUUAAGAGAUUCUCUCAAAUAUUUUUUUACUAAUUUUCAAAGUGAGAUACUUUUUGUAAAAAAUGAAAUCAAUUCCCCAGAUAAUCCAAGAGUACUGAUGAUUUUUAACUAUCAAUCUAAAUCUAGUGGUAAAAAAUUUUAUGCCUAAAUUAUACUUAAAAUAUCUAGAGUUGGAUUUCAAGAUUAAUUUAUUGAUUUCCUCGAGGACCUAGAUAGUGCAGAGUCAUUGGAAGAGUUAAGAGAUAUUCUAUUCACAAUUAAUAAUCCAAAUUAGUAGGAUAUAAAAAUAUUAGAGCAGGCCACAGAUUUAUAUAUUGGCCGAGUUAAUUAGUUUAAACUAAAACAUGGCUUUGGUACAUUAUAUACAAAAGCAGGAGAUAAAUUAUUUGGCUAUUGGUUCAAUAAUAGGUUAUACAAGGGUAUUAGUACAUUAAAGGAAGGCAUGAAAAUUGUGGGAACUUUUCCCUCAGGAAAUCUUAGCGAUAUAUAUGAUCCGAAUUCAAAGGCUAGCAUAAAAUGGGAUAAAGAGGGCUAAGUUUUUGAAAAAAUUAUUGACAAAAAUGAUUGCGGAACGUGCAGAGAUUAUUUUAAAAAUGGAUCUUAUUAUGAAGGAUAGUUUAGAAAAGGUUAAAGAUUUGGAAAGGGUAAAUUAGUAUUUCAUGGGGAAAUUUAUGACGGAUUUUUUAAGGAUGAUUAAAGAAAUGGUUUUGGUUAAUUGACCUUAAAAAAUGGAGCUGAAUUUGAAGGAGAAUGGGUAAAAGGUCUUAAAAACGGAAAGGGUGUUAUUACCCUGCCUUAAGGAGAUAAGUUUGAGGGUUAAUUUAAAAAUGGUAAGGGAUUUCAGGAAGGAAAAUGGAAAAAAUCUAGCGGAGAAAUUAUAGAUAUUACCUACGAAGAAUUUCUCAAAUAAAACAAUUUAAUUAUAUGA